AUGGCAUCAACUGCUGCUGCUUGUUUCUUGCAAAUCUCCACGCCAGCAAGAACAUCAUCACAGCGUUAUGUUCAGCCAUCAUCCCUUAAGCCCAACCAAUUAGUCUGCCGUGCCCAGAAGCAGAGUACUGCAGAAGAUGAUGCCAUUAAUGGCGGCUCUGUUUCCCGUAGAUUGGCUCUUACAGUUCUCAUUGGCGCUGCUGCCGUUGGGUCCAAAGUUUCUCCGGCCGAUGCCGCCUACGGAGAAGCCGCCAAUGUUUUCGGAAAACCAAAAACCAACACAGAAUUCAUUAAUUACACUGGAGACGGAUUCAAGUUGCAGAUUCCCUCUAAAUGGAACCCGAGCAAAGAAAUCGAGUUCCCUGGUCAAGUUCUUAGGUACGAGGACAACUUCGAUUCCACCAGCAAUCUCUGUGUUUUGGUCCAACCAACUGACAAGAAGUCCAUCACUGACUAUGGUUCUCCUGAGGAAUUCCUCUCCAAGGUUGAUUACCUUCUAGGAAAACAAGCCUACUCCGGUAAAACCGACGCUGAGGGAGGGUUCACAGAUAACCAGGUCGCGACCGCUAACAUACUGGAGACGGCAACUCCAACAGUCAACGGGAAACAAUACUACUUCGUGACCGUGUUAACAAGGACUGCAGAUGGUGAUGAAGGCGGGAAGCACCAGCUGAUCACGGCGACCGUAUCCGACGGCAAGCUUUACAUCUGCAAAGCACAAGCUGGAGACAAGAGAUGGUUCAAAGGUGCCAGGAAGUAUGUUGAGAGCGCAGCUAGCUCUUUCAGUCUUGCUUAA